AUGGCUGAACUCGUCCAAAAGGAAAAGCUCGAAGACCUGCGAGCGGUCGAAUCCAACCCCCAGGAAGGGGAGACACUGCAGCAGCCCGAGCUGCGGAGAGAGUUUAAGCCGCGACAGGUCUUCAUGUUCUCUAUUGCUUGCGCGAUCGGAACUGGCCUUGUUAUUGGCUCUGGAAGCGGUCUUUCCCGAGGAGGCCCGGGUAGCCAGCUCAUUGCGUACUGUACCAUUGGAGCGACGGUUUUCUUCGUCAUGACAGCCUUGGGCGAAAUGGCGGCCUUUCUACUGAUGGAUAAGGGAUUUGGAGGAUAUGCUACUCGUAUGGUUGACCCGGCUUUUGGUUUUGCUACCGGUUGGAAUUACUUUUUCAAGUACAUCAUGUAUUGGCGACCAGAUCUCAACGUUGUAAUUUGGAUCACCGUCUUUGGCGCUGUUAUUAUCACCAUAAACGUGAUGCAUGUUAGCAGUUUUGGAGAGACCGAAUUCUGGCUUGGGACUCUCAAGCUCUUGAUCAUGACGACACUCAUCUUAUCGACGUUUAUCGUCGCCAUGGGUGGCGGACCCAACCAUUACCGAUCGGGCUUCAAAUACUGGCAAGAGCCGGGGGCGUUUGCCGAGUAUCUCGUCGAGGGGAAUAAGGGCAUAUUCUUGGGGUGGUGGGCGUGCAUGGUGCAGGCCUGUUUUGCAUUCACUGGCACCGAAGUUGUUGGCAUGACCUUUGGAGAAACGCCUAACCCAAGGAAGAAUGUGCCCAUUGCUGUUAGACAAACCUUCUGGCGCAUCGCCUGCUUCUAUAUCCUCGGCGUCUUGGUCCUUGGCAUGGCUAUCCCUUAUGACAACGACAUGCUGAUUGGAGCGACAAAGCAAGCAACUAGCGGUGCUGCCUCCCCUUUCGUCGUAUCCAUCAGCAUUGCUGGUAUCGGCGUUUUCCCUGACAUUAUCAAUGGAUGCCUUCUGGUGUUUACCCUCAGUGCUGCAAGCUUAGAUGGACAGGCCCCUCGCAUCUUUACUAAGACUCGUGAGAAUGGAAACCCUGUCUGGGCUGUCGCCGUUCUAUCUAUUUUCAUUGCCCUUGGCUAUAUGAACGCAAGCUAUGAUGCGUUUAUUCCAUACUUCAAAGCUGAUGUUUUCAUUCUCAAGUAUAUUGGCUUGGUCGUAUUUGUCGGAAAUAUCGCAUGGUGGAAGAUUGCAAAGAAAACCACCUUUUGGAGAGCCUCGGCGAUCGAUCUCACUACGGGCAGGCGUGAGUUUGAGGAGCUUGAGAGCAUUGAGGAUUCUAGCUGGAAGAAUGGGUUUUUCAAGAGGGUAUUUGCGAAGCUUCAAAGGCGGUCAUGA